AUGUCGACCAACUUCUAUGACACAGCUCAAGACCCGAACCUGGUCUCGCAAGGGCUGUUCUACCAACUAUGGCAGGCUGUACCCAUCUCGCCUAUAAUUCUAGCCACCCUCUUACUCGGGCCCCUGAUCAUCUUCUUGACUGCUUCUCUUUUGCUCAUCGGCGGUGUUGAAAAGCCUGAAGACGAGAGUGAACGGGACGUUUGGAUGCUACCCUUCCAACCAGUUCCAUGGCGCAUCCUGGAGAGUUUCUUUGGCAUUCCCAAGAGAGUUGAAUUGAGAUAUCAAGAAGCUCUAGAGGAGCUAAAUGCUUGCUCCAAAUACCUGUUGGAUGAGCCUCACAUGACCAAAAUAAUAAAAAACCUCGUUCAAAACUUGGAGCGCAACACGCCCCAGAUGAUCUCUUUCGUAGAUAGCCCCAUCGACCUCCAACCCUGGGAACGAUACGCCGAAGCCCGCUUCAUCUCCCUCUCCGAAACUGAACUCAAUCUCACCUCUCUCCUGCGUGACAUGAUAGGUCACGCUGCAGUGCCUGCUGUUUUCGGUCACGCACUUAUCGAAAAGUAUCCUAGUAUCUUGCACGAUGUUCGGGAUAUGGACGCCGGGAGAAGUUAUCUUUUGAGGAAAUUGCCAGCUUGGCUGCCGUGGCCUGCCGUUAUUCAAGCGCACAUGGCCAGGCUUAAGGUGUGGAAGUGUUUGGAUGAUCACCAGAAGGCUGUUGAUGCUGCGGUUUCUGAGGAGGAUAUUGAGGGCUCGUGGGGAGAUCUUGGUGAUGUUAGUGAAUUCAUCAUGAAGAGGAAUGAGGUUUACAGGAGAUAUGGCAUUGAAGUUAAAGAAAGAGCGGAAAUCAGCGUCCUCUGGUCCCUAGCAGCAAACUCUGCCCUGAUUUCGUACUGGCAAAUCCACCAUAUCCUCACCAUUCCAGGCCUCGUUGACCGUAUCCGAGCCGAAAUUACUCCCUACGCCAGCGUGGCCAAACCAUUCUCCAUCGGCACUAUCUUUGAAGCGCCGAAACUCAAGUUGGACUACGACAGCCUCCUAGCGAGAUGCCCGCUCCUCAAGUCUACAUUUUUAGAGACUCUGAGACAGGUGGAUGAGCAGUGGGGAUUACGAAAGAGCUUUCUAGGGGAUGUGAACCCUGUCGACAAUAUAACGUUUCCAGAGAAGUUCAAUCCAGAUAGAUACCUCGAAAGUCUCCCUGAGGAAAGGAAGGGGAGUAUCACGUCUGCUGGAAGUCUUGAUUCCUCGUUACAGAAAAGCAAUCGGUUCGUGGAGAUAGAGUGCCUUGCAUUCGUUGCUGCAAUCCUGGUGUUCUGGGAUAUCACACCCGCAGAUAAGAGUACUGGCUGGACCAUACCUGAAAAACAGAGGCUAGGUGGGAUCGCUGCACCGACGAGCGAGACGAGGGUAAGGAUAAAGAGGAGAAAGUUUGAAUGGGUAGAAUGA